CCUAGCACAUUCCCUAUGUCAGUGCCUUCAUUCUUGGGUGGUUAUGACUUCUUUGUCGUAUACCUACUUUCUGGAGCAAGCAAAGACGAUGAACAAUAAGGUUGGACACUGUAUUCCUAUGGUUCCAGUUAGAAGCAAGAGAACAAUUUCCAAAACUAUAUCACAUACUUGUGAAUUGGCGAUGGGGUUCUAAAGCAAAACCAUCAGCUCCUAGAGUGGGGGUUGCAGUAUCCAUCAUUUUGGGUGUAUUAUGCAUUAUUACUGCUGCAAAAGUGGAGUCAAGAAGACUUGCUGUGAUAAGUACUACUGGACUCUAUCAUGGCUAUUAGCUAUUGCAUUUGUUUUGUUUAUUGUGAUUAGUUAGUAGCUAUUGAAAUUUUGAAAGAGGUUCUCACUUCUGAGAUCUGAUGUAGUAGAUUCUUCUAAAGCUUGCGAUUGUUGUGUUACAACUGUAAACUUCAGCUACAACAGAGCACGAACCAAGCAAAUUCCAACCUCAUCUUCUAUUGGCAGAUGCUUAUUUCAAAUGCUAUGACAACAGCAAGCAAUCAUUCUGAUAAUUAAUAGUGAGCUAGUCCUUUCUAGCUAUUGAGUUUGAUAGAUCAAUGACCCAAGUUUGAAGCGUGCGCAUAUAAUGUUAGUCUGUAAAAGUAAAUAGAAGGGGUAUUAAGAGCACUAUAAAAUUACAACUUGGGAAUGAAACUACAGGUAGAAGAAGAUUAAACAGAGAAAAUUAAGGGAAUGCAAGGAUCAUCAUAAUUAUCUAGCUGCUCCAAUUUUUACAAGUACAGAGCUAUAAUCAUCUAAUAAUCACAACAACUUAUUGAUUGAGGAUAAACACCUAAAUAUUUUCCUAUGUUGCUGUAGGAAAAAAGAGAAAGGGAAGGGGGAAGACAACAGGGCUUUCAGUUCAAAAGAAAUGGAAAGACAGUGACAACGGAAAGUUAAAGGUGAUUAUUCCACCGGAUAGAACAGUAGCAGUAGGCCCUGGAGCUAAAGAUUUUGUUACCGAGCUCUCAGUCAAAGUUCUCCAGCAUGCUAGGCAUGAUGUCAAGAAAUGGAAGGAAGUCCCUAAUCUAGCAAAAGAUAGAAUUGUUGCUCAUAUGCUGGACACUUUUCAACUUCCGGACACAACACAAUCGUGAUACUAUCCUUCAAACAGGCAAUAAUUUGUACCGAUAUCGUCGUAGUAGGCUCCACGAUCAUUUCAAAAAAUUUGCUACGAAGGAGGAAAGCUUGCAAAAUAUGCCAGCAGAGCAAAUGAGUGAACGAAAUAAUACUAACAAGGAAAAACAAGAAAUGAAUCAUAUUUGUGGCAGAAAGUCCUUCCAAGCAGUAUCUUUUGAUGCGAGAGAUCCAAGAAUCGGUAAAGAGCCAAAUCUUCAAAAACCUUGGAAAAUGACUCACAUGAAGUCAGGACAUUGGGUUAAUGAUGUCUCUGCUGAAUUUAAUGAUAAGUUGACAGAAAUUGUUGCUGAACAAACUCAAGAAGUGGAAGAGGGUACUGAUGUGGACCCUAUUGUUAAUGCUGCUUUUGUGAAACUUGUUGGUGAAAAGUCAGGAUAUUGCCGCGGUCAAGGAUCAGGAGUCAAGCCACCUAGUAGGAGAUCUAUGCAUGUAACUCAAGAGCAACUGCAAGCACAACAGAAGAAGGUGGAAGAAGAACGCCAUAAACGAGAGAGUGUAGAGUGCAAACUAAUAGAAGUGGAAAAUCAACUUGAUGAGGAGCAGAAAAAAUGAGAAGUCAUGGAAGCUCGUCUACUGAGUGAUCAAAAAAUGUUAAAACAGAGCAUGAUGGCACUAGUAUCCUAUAUGCAAAGUUCCGAGACUGGAGUUCCUGCUGCAAUUUUUGACAUGAUUGCUAAUUUAAAUGGUUCGGAUGAGACAAGUACUACAAGUCUUAUGGAUGCUAUCAUGGAUGAGCAUGCGUAAACCAACAUUCAUGGCCAUCCAGUUCAUGUAAUGCACAAGCUGUUGGAAGAAGAUUUGUUUUUCGGGUUACUAUUAGAAUAGAACUUAAGAACCAUGGAUAUAUCAUGCUUUUGUUCGUUUUGUAUGUAAAAACAUACUUUUACGACUAUUUAGUUUUUGAAAGUGAGUAUAUCCACUGGAAUCAAAUUUAUGUAUAGACUCUUUAUC